AUGGGCGGCAUAGUGAUUAUGCUGUCUCAAAUCGACGGCAAGCGGCUCGACAAGUGGAACUUCUUUUUCCAGCCUAACGCCAUCGUUUCAACAUUCGUCGUUGUUGCCAAGACUACCAUGCUGGUGGCCGUCAGUGAGAGCCUCAAUCAGCUGAAAUGGCUGUACUUUUCUGGAGGAAGACGCUCACUUGGGGAUUUCGAGGCCUUCGAUGGAGCAAGCCGUGGUCCGUGGGGUGCUCUCAGCUUCUUCUGGCGCAUGAGGUUGAAGGUUCCGUUUGCGCUUGUUGGAUCAGUGGUCAUGAUUUUAUCCCUCGCCAUGGGCCCUUUCGCUCAACAGAUCAUCUCGUUUCCAGUCCGUUACGUUCAAAGUGUACAUGAAGUUGCCGCGAUCAAUGUUACCAGCCACUUCACGAGAGCGGCGUAUAAGCAAGAGAAAAUCGGCCUGGCCGCAGCACUUUACGAUGGUCUUUUCAACAAAAGCACACCCCUCGACUUUGUGUGUCCAUCGGCAAAUUGUACAUGGGACCUGUUCUACACCCUCGGAUUAUGCAACGAGUGCAACGCCAUUACUCUUAACGGAGAGAUUCAACCGGGGUUUGUGGUUGAAGACGUUCCUCUAAUCCCAGAACGUGACAAUUUCGAAUAUACCGAGGAAAUGUAUCCACUGGCCAUGACAACACCUUUCGACACACAAUCUUUCUCUAUAGGAUGUGACGACGAACAAAAUGCUGCCGAUAUUCUUAGCGAUGGGCUUACCUUCAACUGGACAUCUGCUGUCGCCGCAAUCUUGUCAAACUUGAGUGCCAUGAUUUUUUCCAACAACACCAACGCAAGCGGAGUCUUCGACGACAUUGUGGCAUGCAUGACCGACAGCCUUUGGCACAGCACGAACAGCACGAUAGCAAAAGGGCACACUCUACGCCCUGUGGCUUUGAUCCAGGUCAGCUGGAUCUGGAUCAUCCUUCCAAUCUCGCUCGUCCUCCUCAGCGCCAUUUUCUUCGGUUGGACGCUCUGGUAUAACUCGCACUACCGCGCUCCGCUUUGA